AUGGGAGAAGACAAGUAUGGUCGUGUCCGCACUUAUGGGUUAGGACCAUCUCCAUCUGAUUUGUGGGGUGCAAUAUCCAGCCAACAAAGGAUGGCUUCCAUCGAUCAGAGGAGAGAUGAAAGAUAUGAGGAACUGUAUGCUAAUAUAGUCUCUCUUAAAGAAAAUAUAGCUACACUCUCAUCCUCAAGAGAAACUGAAAUGUCAUCCCUUAAAGAAACUAUGGUUGAAAUCUCAUCCGCAAGAGAUGUUGAAAUUCCUUUCUUGAAAGAAACUCUGAUGAAAUUGAUAGCCACUAUGAAUAAUGCAAACAAUAACUCACCCACAGAAUUCGGUACUGCAGCUAGUUCUAACAUGAACCAAUCGUCAUCAUCAUCAAGCCAUUGGGUGAACUCUCGGAAACACUUGACGAAUAAGGGGAAGACCACGAGUUGCACUAGUGCUGGGGAUGUGACUAGAGUUCUUCUUACAAGUAUCGUCAAACCCGGGGUUACUAUUGCUAAAGGAAUUGUUUUGAGCAAGGAUCCGCUCACAAAAGUAGGGAUGCACAAACUUGGAAUUGGUUUUUGGGAAGUAUUAAUUCAUGUGGCAAUAGUAUGGGAGGAGGUUUUUAUAAGACCUUAUAGACGAUAUAAAACAAUUGGGGAUGUUAUUGGAACGAGUAUUGUUUGGCCCUCUAUUAUGUGUAAGGUCAGAUUUUUUUUUUUCCAUAUACAAUAGAAUUUCUUGUACAAGAAUGCGAGUACUAAUUAAUUUCUUUUUAUUGUUUUGUUUUGUAGGUUUAAGGAGAGAUGGGUUGAGCUAAAUGAAAGGAUCUCUCUCUCUCUCUCUCUCUCUCUCUCUCUCUCUCUUGUAAAUGUUUUAUGUUUUGUGCUAGGGUUUAGGACUGCUUUGUGAUUGGU